CUCACUGCCGACGACCCGAGCCGUCCCUCCCUCUCCCGUUCUUACUGUUCGGAAUCCGCAGGCUUCACAUCCUGCUCUUGCCGACGAUUCCGUUGACGAGACCACGGCGUUCACAAUCACUACCAUCGCAAGACUCAAUAUUCAGUACAAAGCAUCUCCACCGCUUCAACCCACUGCCCUCACGAGUCAAGUUCAAACUCUACCCAUUGACUGGGUUAUGGAUAUUGGCGCCACGACACAUUUCACCUCACAUAUGGAAUAUCUCCAACAAACUGAAGUCUACACUGGAGCAGAAAAGGUGUUUGGAAAGAUUUGAAGCAUUGAACUCUAGGAUUUGGUGGAAUUUCUCUGCGCCAAAGGUGCUGCUGAGCUAAAAUAAUCUGACUUAAAAGAUCCAUGGAGAGUGAAACUAAGAAGAGUUACAGCAAGCAUAAAUGGAGGAAAGUUGCAUACGGAGGAAUGCAGCCAGGGUACGAUGAUAACCACACAGACGAGUCAUUCUUGGAAGACAUGAUCAUGAAUGCUAAUGUUGUGAAGAGAAAUUUCUUCAAAGUAAUGCUAGAUUCUGUCUCCAUAUCCCAAUAUCUCUGCAUUGCAGCUCUUGUCGUUAUUGUCUGGAUCCAGACCUUAAAUUCUGCCAUUAACGAGACCUCUCUCCUCUUUUUGGAUGCUGGCCUUCUUGGCCUCGGCUUCCCAAUAAUCUUCCUCACAACAAGCGAGCUUUCCUUUCAUCUCUUCCUGCAUUACCUUCUGAAGAUCUUCUUCUUCAUCAGCGGGCUGUAUAUCUUAGCACCAGUUUAUCACACUCUUACACGCUCUAUAAGCUCAGAUUCUAUAUGGGCGCUUUCAGUGUCACUGCUACUAAUCCAUCUCUUCUUGCAUGACUUUUCUGGCUACACCAUAAGACCUCCAGGUGCUAAGAACAAUCCAACUUUGGCUAGCAAUAUCUCCAUGAAUGCAUCUAUUAUAGCUUCAGUUCUGAUAGCCUCUCGUCUCCCAUCCAGGCUUCAUGUCUUUUCCGUGAUGCUCUUUUCAUUACAGAUCUUCCUUUUCGCUCCGUUUGUUGCUUUCUGUAUAACAAAAUACUCGUUUCGGCUGCACUUGUGGUUUUCUUUUUCACUAAUGGCCAUGACAUUAGGCAUCAUAUUUGCUAUGCACCGGAUGCUCUUUGUUCUGUUUUUAGCUCUUCUAGUGUUCAUUUCCGUCGUUUGUCCUUAUUGGCUUAUUCAGAUACAGGAAUAUAAGUUUGAAAUUAAUGGUCCCUGGGAUGAAGCUAAGCUUUGUUUCGAUAUUACGGAGUAAGGGGGAUUUCUUUUUCUACAUGUAACAAUUUUAUUAUGCCUGUAAUUUACCCUAUUGUGUACAGCGUUUAAGUUUUUCAUGUAGCGCUUUAGGUGUAAACUUAGUAUAUAUGGUGAUAUUUUCAUUGUUUUGAAAUCAGUUCUAGUU